UCGCCCUUCAUUUCAUCAGAAUCUUUACCCGCAUUCCCAAUCGUCCGAUCUCUCUCCUCGCCCACCACUUCCGAGAUGUCGCCGUUUGUCCGAUCCCGGUGCUCCGACGGCUCCUCUACCCGCCCUACAGUUCCUCUCUAAAGUCAAUUCUUCUUUUGUUUUGUUCUUUGAAUUUCUCUCCUCCUUUUAAGGGAGAAUGAUUUGAUUUGUUGCCUUUACUGCUAGACUCGAAUUGCAAAAGUGAAUUUGUGACGAAUUUGGAAUUGAGGUUGAGAAUUUUGGAAGUUUCUGUCCUUGUCAUGCCGGAUGUCUGAAUUUGCGUUUUCGAUUGUUUGCUUCGGAAAUUCUUGGCGUUGUGAUGACCGAUCAAGUCACUUGAGCUCUCACUGAUGUUGUGGAAGCAAGGAAGCAAGUAUUGUUUUCUGAGCUUCCGAGUUUGCAAGACUGUGCAUACUCUAUUUGAUUAUUCCGGAUAUUCAUUUUUCUUGACCUGUGAGAGGUAUUGAUCUGGCGCCAAUCAAGUUUGUUAAAGGUAUGUCGUCGAAGGUUGUGUAUGAAGGUUGGAUGGUGCGUUAUGGCCGGCGGAAGAUCGGCAGGUCCUUCAUUCACAUGCGGUACUUCGUGCUUGAAUCUCGGUUGCUUGCGUAUUAUAAGAAGAAGCCUCAGGAUAAUCAGGUUCCAAUUAAGACCAUGCUAAUAGAUGGAAACUGUAGAGUGGAGGAUCGUGGCUUGAAGACGCACCAUGGACAUAUGGUUUAUGUCUUGUCUGUUUACAACAAGAAAGAGAAGUACCAUCGAAUUACGAUGGCGGCCUUCAAUAUCCAAGAAGCAUUACUAUGGAAGGAGAAAAUAGAACUUGUCAUUGAUCUGCACCAAGGCUCACAAGUUCCGAAUGGGAACAAAUUUGUAUCUUUUGAAUAUAAAUCUGGGAUGGAUAAUGGGAGGACUGCUUCCUCCUCAGAUCAUGAAAGUCAGAUCAGUGCACAGGAGGAUGAGGAUGAUGCUCAUCCAAAUUUACUCAGAAGGACAACCAUUGGAAAUGGACCUCCAGAGUCAGUGUUUGACUGGACAAGGGAAAUAGGAUCAGAUUUUUCAAAUCAAAAUGCCAAUAGUCAAGCUUUUUCAAGGAAGCAUUGGCGUCUAGUUCAGUGCCAAAAUGGACUUCGCAUCUUUGAAGAGCUUGUAGAGGUUGACUACCUUCCAAGGAGCUAUAGUAGGGCAAUGAAAGCUGUUGGUGUAGUGGAGGCUACUUGUGAGCAAAUCUUUGAACUUGUCAUGAGCAUGGAUGGAACACGGUUUGAGUGGGAUUGCAGUUUCCAGUAUGGUAGCUUGGUUGAAGAGGUGGACGGUCAUACGGCAAUACUCUACCAUAGGCUACAGCUAGACUGGUUUCCGAUGUUUGUAUGGCCUCGUGACCUAUGCUAUGUGCGCUAUUGGCGCCGCAAUGAUGAUGGAAAUUAUGUGGUAUUAUUUCGCUCAAGGGAGCAUGAGAACUGUGGUCCACAACCAGGGUAUGUGCGGGCCCAUAUUGAGAGUGGAGGAUUCAACAUUUCACCUCUCAAACCUCGAAAUGGGAAGCCUAGAACUCAGGUGCAGCAUCUCAUGCAAAUUGAUUUGAAAGGAUGGGGUGUGGGCUAUCUGUCAUCGUUUCAGCAACAUUGUCUCUUGCAAAUGCUAAAUAGUGUUGCUGGGCUGCGCGAAUGGUUUGCACAAACAGAUGAAAGAACUGCUCCUCCGAGAAUACCAGUUAUGGUAAAUAUGGCUUCAGCUACAGUUUCAUCACAGAAGAGCCUAAAAACCCAGGGGUCCAGCGUUCAUGCUAGUUCUUCUAUUGACCAAAUGAAUGCUGCAAAUAGAAAUUCUGUGAUGUUGGAUGAAUACUCGGACGAAGAUGAAGAAUAUCAAAUACCUGAGUGUGAACAAGAGGUGUACCCAAAUGAGCAGGAGAAUGAUAUCAAAAGAAUAGCUGUGGAAGAGGAAUCAACAGAUCCAAUUGAUUUAUCCAGUUUCUCGGGAAAUAUAAGACGGGACGAUCGUGAUGGUUCUCGAGACUGCUGGAGAAUUUCUGAUGGGAACAAUUUCAGAGUUCGUAGCAAGACCUUUUGUUUCGAUAAGACUAAGAUUCCGGCUGGGAAGCAUUUAAUGGAUCUGGUUGCUGUUGAUUGGUUGAAGGACACGAAAAGAAUGGACCAUGUUGCCAGGCGUCAAGGCUGCGCAGCUCAAGUCGCUUCAGAGAAAGGUCUUUUCUCUAUCGUCAUGAAUGUGCAAGUACCUGGUUCGACGCACUACAGCAUGAUAUUUUAUUUUGUGACGAAGGAACUAAUUCCUGGAUCUCUUUUGCAACGUUUUGUUGACGGCGAUGAUGAGUUUCGCAACAGUAGGUUAAAACUCAUUCCAUCAGUUCCCAAGGGUUCAUGGAUUGUUCGCCAAAGUGUUGGAAGUACGCCAUGCUUAUUGGGAAAAGCAGUGGAUUGCAACUAUAUUCGAGGGCCCAAGUAUUUAGAGGUCGAUGUUGAUAUCGGCUCUUCGACGGUUGCUAAUGGAGUUCUGGGACUUGUUAUUGGUGUAAUUACAACAUUGGUGGUUGACAUGGCUUUCCUUAUACAGGCAAAUACAACAGAAGAAUUACCGGAGCGAUUAAUUGGAGCAGUGCGAGUAUCUCACAUUCAGCUCUCCUCUGCCAUACCCUCAAAUCUAGACUCUUAUCCAUCUGAUUGAAUUUAUUAUGCAUUCUUAUUUUUCUUCUUUCUUCCUUCUACACACUCUUCUCUCCACUCCUUCAAUUGUUUUCUUCUUCUCCACAAACCUCCAUUUAUAGGCUUUGUUUCAUAUAUAUAUAUAUAUAUUUUUUUC